UCCGUCCAGGCCGGAACCCAAGAUGGCUGCGCUCCUACUGAGAAAUGUUGGCCGUCAUUGUCUCCGAGCUCACCUUGGUCCUCAGCUCUGUAUCAGAAAUGCUGUUCCGUUGGGAACCACAGCCAAAGAAGAGAUGGAGCGGUUCUGGAAUAAGAACACAAGUUCAAACCGUCCUGUAUCUCCUCAUGUCACUAUCUAUAGUUGGUCUCUUCCUAUGGCGAUGUCCAUUUGCCAUCGUGGCACCGGUAUUGCUGUGAGUACAGGGGUCUCUCUUUUUGGUUUAUCGGCUCUGUUGCUCCCUGGGAACUUUGAGUCUUAUUUGGAAUUGGUGAAGUCCUUGGGUCUGGGGCCAGCAUUGAUCCACACAGCCAAGUUUGCACUUGUCUUCCCUCUCAUGUAUCACACCUGGAAUGGAAUUCGACACUUGAUGUGGGACCUCGGGAAAGGCCUAAAGAUUCCCCAGCUAUACCAGUCUGGAGUGGUUGUCUUGGUUCUUACUGUGCUGUCCUCUGUAGGUCUGGCAGCCAUGUGAAAAGCUGAAGUUCCCAGCAUCAUCUUCCUACAAAUUAUGACAUUGACCUAUCUUCCUUUUUGUCACUUUUCUCUCCAGCCAGGGCAAAAUAUUUGUUUAGAUGCUUUUGUGCUUGUAGAUCACCUUGUAGCUCAGUAGUAGUAGGGUACCUUGUAGAGCCAUAGUAGUGGAAAGGGUGUAGUGUUCACCUUAUUUCUAAAGAUGGGAGUGGCUGCAAAAACUCCCUUUUCCUGCCCACAGCUUGUAGCCUGCCCUGGGCCUAGGAGCACUUAUUCUCUCUCCAUAUUGGGCACUGAUUUGUGCUGAGGGUCAGCUUUUGGCUCCUUCCUCCUAAGAGAGUGGAAACAAUGCCAGCACUGUGGCUGCUGCUCUGGGGACUAGGGGGUGGUGGUGAAGCUUUGGGUGCCACUGCCUGUGGGUUGCUGUCUUAAAGGACAGCUCUGUUCUUUGGUCAGAGCCCAGGCUUUUAACACCUACACAGUGUGACAGAGAAGAAAGGUGGGGGUGGAGGGGAAUUAGCCUGUCCCAGUGAGACGGAGAUAUAGAGGGUGAGUUGGUUCUUGGAGCAGGUGCUUUGGAGAGAAAAAUUUACAGCUUUUGAUAUCAGAUGAAGAUCUAGAAAAUUAUUAUUUAACAUAUGAAGGUUUAUUUCUUUUUGCUGCAUUUUUUGAGUAAUCUCUUAAUUUCAUGUUUUCUAAUCCAAGUUCAUGUACCAUCUUUUUCUGAAACUAAAUUAAAAUAUUCAAUUUA